GGUGAAGAAGACAUUGCCAUCUGGGAUAUCCUUAGGUGAUGAGUUACCACCCUUGUUGCAAGUUCCAACCUCUGAGUUCAGUUUUGAGGUACCACAAGCCCCACUGUCUGAAACAGAUGUCAACAACAUAAAAGCGUCCUUGGAAAGGACAGCCAAAGACUUGCUGGACUUGUACCAGAGCCAAAACUUUGGCCUUGCACACUACCCAGUUCCAGACCUCCUGCUUCUACAAGAGGAACUCGGCCAGGUUUACGACAGAGGCGGUUGUUUUCUAGUUUUAUCCUCCUCUCUUCCUGCCAAGGUCUUCGUCAGGCUAAUUUACCUUCGAAGCCAGGUAGAGGUUCUACAGAGGAACAAAGAGAUGAGCGCAACACAGAAAAAUGAAGAAAUCAACAGGCGCUGUGCAGAGGUUGGUGGAUGGUAAUUUAAUUAAUUCAGAGAUGUUCCUAUUCUAUCAACC